AUGUCGACUACCAGCAUCUACAACCCGCUCGCUCCUCUUCUCCGGCGCGAAGGGACCCGCACACGCCGUGCCAGACGCCCCGGGAUUCUAUCAGAGCACCAGAUCGCGCCUUGGGUCGGCCUCCCACAGGAGAUUCGACGCUUAGCCGUCUCGAAGUUGGGGGAGCCCUCGGGCGUUGCGCCACCUCGGAGGCCCGAGGAGUACAUCGUCGCCACGGAGGCCGGCGUUUCCGCGCGAAUUAUAGGCAACGCCCUUGACGAGAUUGGGCGGGUGUUCGCCAAGGAAAAGGUCCAUGUCAGAUUCGCUGACCGGGCGACGGGCUCCCAUGCUGUGCCUGGCGAUGACCCGGACGGGAUGGUCCAAGGCACCAUGGCGGACGGGACCUGCCGAAUAGUUGCGGAGUUUAAAACUCCUUGGACGACCAACCUUGGCAAGUUUACAUCGAAAAAGAGGCGGCAACUCCUCGACGCCUUGAUGGACUCCGGGUGGGCUAAAGCUCAAAUUGCCGCAUACAUGAAUGCAUACUCAUGUCGUUUCGGAUUCGUGUCGACAUAUGAUCAAACAAUCCUCAUAAAGCGGGCGGGGAAGUAUCGUUUCCUUGUUUCGGACGUUUUUGAAGCCUCCCAGGUUUCGGCAGGAACGGUCGAAGCCCCUCAGAUUAGCACGCGAGAAGCGUUGUGGUACCUUGCUAUGCAGGCCCGGUACUCAGUGGAUUGGAAGUGGACCUGGCGUCCAGCCGAUAGGGCUGCUCUGAUUAAUGGUUCUUUCAACCUGGGCCAUGAUAUUCGUGAGAGAAAGCGAAGGCGGUAA